GACAAGAGAACAAAAAAGACGAAGAAGAAGACGAACAAAGAGAAAGAUCAAAAAUUGAGAGGGAAAAAGAAGAAGAGCAAUAGAGAAGAAGAAGAAACACCCUCGAUUCCAGAUCGAUUUUUCAGUGUAAAAUCUCGGAAAAAGCCAAAGAUUCGAUUUUGGAAGUUGCUUAAAUCUGAAUAAAGUCUCUGACUUUCGACUCGAUUCGAAAAAAGUGGGUUUAUGCUUGAAGCUGGGAAUUCCAAAAAUCGGAAUUCGUGUAAAACUAGUUCGAUUAAGCAGAGUUAUGCUAAGUUAAUGAAGGUGAAGAAAAAUAGUUGAUUUUUUUUGAGAGAGUAGAGAAAUGGGUGAGGUAGGUCCUCAAGUUGCUGCUCCGAUUCCAGUUCACCAUCCUAUGAGGAAAAAACGCGAACUUUAUUCACAACCACACUGGAUUGUGUCAUCUCAGCUACCGAGGGAGGAUGAUUGGCAUAUCAACAAGUGGAAGUGGGAUAGUCAGAGAUUUGAAGCUAUAGAACUUCAAGGAGAGACUCUCCAGCUUGGUGGUAACAAUAACAACGGUGGUUUGAGUUAUAAAGGAGAAGAAAGAGGCCUUGAUUUGAAUCUACCUAGUGGUUUUAAUGAUUUGGAAGACACGCCGGUGGAUUUAACCAGACCUAGUAAGAAGGUUAGGUCGGGAUCUACGGGAAGUGGCGGCGGAGGAGGAGGAGGAAACUAUCCUAAGUGUCAGGUUGAUAAUUGUAAGGAAGAUUUAUCAAUUGCUAAGGAUUAUCAUAGAAGACAUAAAGUAUGUGAGGUUCAUAGCAAAGCUACUAAAGCUCUUGUUGGGAAACAGAUGCAGAGGUUUUGCCAACAGUGUAGCAGGUUUCAUCUGCUUUCUGAGUUUGAUGAGGGGAAGAGAAGUUGUAGGCGUAGAUUGGAUGGCCAUAACAGGCGGAGGAGAAAAACGCUGCCCGAUGUGAUUACGUCUCAGGUUGUAGCUCUCGAGAAUCGUGAUAAUACUUCUAAUAACGCUAAUAUGGAUGUUAUGGCUUUGUUAACGGCUUUAGUUUGUGCACAAGGUAAGAACGAGGCUAUUACUAAUGGGUCUCCGGGAGUGCCUCAAAGAGAGCAGCUUCUUCAGAUACUUAACAAGAUCAAGGCUUUACCUUUGCCUAUGGAUCUUGCCUCAAAGUUGAACAAUAUCGGAAUUUUAGCCAGGGAAAAUCCGGAUCAACCUUCCGCGAUGAACCCUCAAAAUAGUAUGAAUGGAGCUUCUUCUCCAUCUACCAUGGACUUACUUGCUGCUCUCUCGGCAACUUUAGGUUCAUCUGCUCCCGAGGCCAUAGCUUUUUUAUCUCAAGGAGGGUUUGGUAACAAAGAAAACAAUGAUAGUACUAAGUUAACUUCUUCUGACCACGGCGUUACAACCAAUGUAGAAAAGAGAACUUUGGAGUUUCCUUCUUUUGGGAGAGGAGAGAGGACAAGUAGCAGUAAACAUUCUCCUUCUCAGGAUUCAGAUUCACGCGGUCAGGACACGAGAUCUAGCUUAUCUUUACAACUAUUCACCUCUUCACCAGAGGAUGAGAGUCAACCAACAGUUGCAUCUUCAACAAAGUAUUAUUCUUCUGCGAGCAGUAACCCUGUUGAGGAUAGAUCUCCAUCAUCGUCUCCGGUCGUGCAAGAGUUGUUCCCUUUGCAUACUUCUCCUGGAACCAGGAGGUCUAACAAUUACAAAAACACUAGUCCCAUCCCCAGGACCAGUUGUUUGCCCCUAGAGCUCUUUGGUGCAUCAAACAGAGGAGCUACUGCAAAUCCUAAUUCCAAUGUUUCUAGGCAUCAAUCUGGUUAUGCUUCAUCUGGUUCGGAUUAUUCUCCUCCUAGCUUAAACUCUGAUGCUCAGGACCGCACCGGAAAGAUCAUUUUCAAACUAUUUGAAAAAGAUCCUAGUCAGCUCCCUGGCACAUUGCGAACCGAGAUUUAUAGAUGGCUUUCUAGCUUUCCAUCAGAAAUGGAGAGUUAUAUCAGGCCUGGUUGUGUUAUCUUAUCUGUCUAUGUGGCAAUGUCAGCUUCUGCUUGGGAACAACUCGAGGAAAAUUUACUGCAACGGGUUAGUUCUUUGGUUCAAGAUUCAGAUUUUUGGAGGAAUACAAGAUUUUUGGUCAAUACAGGCAGACAGCUCGCAUCACACAAACACGGUAGAAUUCGUCUGAGCAAAUCUUGGAGAACUUUGAAUUCACCAGAACUGAUCACGGUGUCGCCGUUGGCUGUUGUAGCCGGUGAAGAAACAGCUUUGAUAGUAAGGGGUAGAAACUUGACCAAUGACGGAAUUAGACUUCGUUGCGCACAUAUGGGUAACUACACGUCAAUAGAGGUAACUGGAACAGAACAUAGGCGAACAAAAUUUGAUGAGUUAAACGUUAGUAGUUUCAAAGUCCAGAGUGCAAGCCCUGUUUCUCUAGGACGCUGUUUCAUUGAGGUGGAGAAUGGAUUCAGAGGUGACAAUUUCCCUUUGAUAAUAGCCAAUGCCACGAUUUGCAAAGAGUUGAAUUGCCUUGAAGACGAGUUUCAUCCAAAAGACGUGAUAGAGGAACAGACACAGAACUUAGAUCGUCCAAGAUCAAGAGAAGAAGUUAUUUGCUUCUUGAAUGAGCUCGGUUGGCUAUUUCAGAGGAAAUGGACAUCCGAUAUUCAUGGAGAAUCUGACUUUUCUCUUCCCCGCUUCAAAUUUUUGCUUGUAUGCUCUGUUGAAAGAGAUUGCUGUUCUCUCAUAAGAACUGUCCUGGAUAUGAUGGUAGAGAGAAAUUUGGGAAAAGAUGGUCUGAUGAACAAGGAGUCCUUAGAUAUGCUGGCUGAGACUCAGCUAUUGAAUCGCGCUGUCAAAAGGAGAAAUACAAAAAUGGCUGAAACGCUGAUUCAUUACUCCGUUAAUCCGUCUACUAAAAACUUCAUCUUCUUGCCUAAUAUCGCUGGACCUGGUGAUAUCACACCUUUGCAUUUGGCUGCUUCCACAUCUGGUUCUGAUGAUAUGAUUGAUGUACUGACUAAUGAUCCACAAGAGAUUGGAUUAUCUUGUUGGAAUACCCUAGUUGAUGCAUCCGGGCAGACUCCAUUUAGGUAUGCUGCAAUGAGAAACAACCACAGUUACAACACCUUGGUGACUCGUAAACUUGCAGAUAAAAGGAACGGUCAAAUAUCUCUGAACAUUGAAAAUGGGAUCGAUCAGAUUGGUCUGAGUAAGAGACUAAGCUCAGAGCUAAAGAGAUCUUGCAACACAUGUGCAAGUGUGGCUCUAAAGUAUCAGAAGAAGGUUUCGAGUUCACGUCGUUUGUUCCCAACUCCGAUCAUCCACUCGAUGCUUGCUGUUGCGACAGUCUGCGUUUGCGUCUGCGUGUUUAUGCAUGCUUUCCCAAUCGUCAGACAAGGCUCUCACUUCAGUUGGGGUGGUCUUGAUUACGGUUCAAUCUAAGGUUUGCUAUAUAACUAAGUGUUGUUAAUUCUUUUGGUUUGACACCAAAAAAAAAAAGAAAAGUGUGGUGAAGGAAACUGAGAAUGGGAGGCAAAAUGAGAAAACCCGAAAGACAUGUGGAAUUUGGAUAUUGCAGAGAUGGAAUCACUCACUGGUCUUUUGUGAGCCAGAGAGUACAGAGAAACUGGUUCGGGUCAGAGCAGACGUAGCUUCAACACAACACCCAAGUUUUUAUAUAUUUGGCUAAUUAUGUUUUAUUCUUGAAUUAGUCCUUGUCUCUUAAUUACAGUUUUUUAGUUUGCAUCUCUCUUAACAACACACAAGCUGUGGCUGUUUUACUGAAUCUGUUUUCUCUUGGGGGUUUAUUGUGUCUGUAGAGUUGUGGACGUAGCUGAACAUUGUUGUAAAAUUGUAAUGUUAAUACCUUUUCUCGUAAUGCUAUGUAAAAGUAGUGGUAUAUA